CUUCAACAUUCCUAGGAUUCAACCACUAUCAUGCCAAAGGAGAGGGUGCUGGUGACAGGGGGAGGGGGUUACCUGGGGUUGAGGCUGGCCGGCAUGCUGUGGAGAGACGGGGCUGACGUCACGCUGUUCGACCUACGAGAACCAAUCGAGAAAGCAGCAGCUGACAUGAAGUUCAUCAAAGGGGAUGUCACAAACUACAAGGAUGUAGAAGAUGCCUGUGGUGGUGUAGACUGUGUGUACCACAUCGCUUCAUACGGAAUGUCUGGCAGGGAACAGCUCAACAGAAAGCUGAUCGAAGCUGUUAAUGUUGGAGGAACAAAAAAUAUAAUUAGAGCCUGUUGCAGACAGGGUGUACACAGACUGGUUUAUACCAGUACCUAUAAUGUGGUUUUUGGUGGACAGAAGAUUGAGUUUGGGGACGAGUCCUUGCCAUACCUACCUCUGCACAAGCACCCAGACUACUACUCCAUGACCAAGUCCAUGGCAGAAAUGGAAAUCCUAAAGGCAAAUGGGACUAUGGUGGAAGGCGGAGGCGCAUUGCACACCUGUGCCCUGCGACCUGCAGGAAUAUACGGACCAGGGGAACAGAGACAUCUGCCCAGGAUUGUGUCCUACAUCGAGCAGGGCCUGUUUUCUGUUGUGUAUGGAGAGGCUGACUCCCUUGUUGAGUUUGUACACGUGGACAACCUGGCAAAGGCACAUGCACUGGCAGGACGCGCAUUACAAGAGGACAAACAGCACAUAGCAGCAGGACAAGCUUAUUUCAUCUCUGACGGGAAACCAGUCAACAACUUCGAGUUCUUUAGACCACUGGUUGAAGGCCUUGGUUACACCUAUCCUACAGUCAGGCUACCUGUGUCACUCAUCUACUUCUUUGCAUUCCUAACUGAGAUGAUCCACUUUGUUGUGGGGAGGGUCUAUAACUUCCAACCUCUUCUAACCAGGACUGAGGUUUACAAGACAGGGGUGACUCACUACUUUAACUUAGGGAAGGCCAAAAGGGAACUCGGGUACGAACCAGCAGAGUUUGACCUUUCAGAGGUCGUGCAGUGGUUCAAGGACAGAGGUCAUGGCAAGGUUAACAGUCAAGGUUCAAGGUCAAAGUGGAGGCGACUUUUGCUGGACCUGGCAUUCGCUCUAAUGGCUGUGUUGGUUGUUAUGUCGUUUUUGCCACGUGCAAUUUGAUUGUUCUUGUUAGUUACUGUAGAAAUGAUCAACGCACAAAAGAUUUCCAUCAUUGAAAGACCACAUCUUUGCCAUCCAUAUAUUAGUAGGUUGUUAGCUUUGAUUAUAUUUUUAUCUUUGUGGUUUUAGAACGUAUUUCAUUUCUUUGGAUGAAACGAGUCAUAGUUUUGUCAGUUUUUGUUUUCUUUUCAGAUUUCUUGCAGACUUUUUGUUCAAAAUUUAUGUACACAAACAUUCCUAAAAUACUGCCAUAAUGGUAAACGCACAAAUUUUUGUACAUCAAAAACUCAUUGAAGACUCAGGACUUACUAAUCUGAAUAUACACCAUUUAUUGGGACAAUAAUAAUAGAAUAAUGUGCAUGUACAGACUUAAUAUAUUGUAAUAUCAUAGAAUUGUGUACAAUGAUCAUAUACCCUACAGUCAAGAUCGACUCUCUUACAUGAGAAAAAACAAACAGUAGGAAUCAACUACUGUCUACCUACUCGCCACUAUAGCUGAGAACUGGAGUAUAUUUUUGGCAAAGCCUCGGGGACUAAGCCUUUUUAUCUUGCUCUGCAGGAAGAGGCAGACACAUAUCAAGUGGUAGUGUGCUUAUGUAGAGGUCUGGCAAUACUGUAAAUACAUGAAUAUAUGAACAUUUUGUCUACCAUUUACUAACCUCCAGCCACUAUAUAGCGCAUUUUUUUCUUCUUUACAACCUUUCUCUGACACCGUUUCUUCUGUGUUCUUGAACAGAAAUUACUCGUAAAUUGUAUCCGUAACGAUUAAAACUCUAGGCACAUCA